GCUUAUUUUAUGUAAUUCGUUGUAUGUAUUAUGUGUGUGUGUAUGUGUGAUAUUGUUCGAAUUAAGAAGCGUUUCAUUUGAUCCUGCUUUUUUCAAGCUACUCUCUUUUUCAUUUGAGGAAAUAGAAAAAAGAUGUGCGCUAACAAUUCUUUUAUGUGGAAUCAACGACAAUUAUAUUCACUUACAACCUCUUAUACACGAAUUUAUUUCAGGCCUGUGAUACCUUCUUUAAUUAUAUGCUAAUGUAUAUUGUUACCUGUUACAAGGUGGUUCAGAUUACUGGAACCAUUCAGGUGACUCUGUAAACAUUUUUAGCAGAUGAUGUGUUGAUCAACAUGAAAAUUACAAGAUUUGGGAAAACUGUGCAGUGUGUUAUCCAAGUUUGUUGUAUCUCUUGACAAUCUUCAAUGUUUGCAGUGUAAAUCUAUCAUGGAGUAAAUAUGUCUACAUGCUUAUAUACCAAUAUAUCUUAUCUGUGUUCUGUGUUUGAUUAAACAUUCAUAAAAGUUAUUAGCAAUUUAUCAUUGUAUAUACAUUGUAGUACACUACAACAUAAAUUUGUAUCCCUUAACAUUUUAUCAAAGACUUUUAUAGAUUUUCAGAAUCUUGGAAUGUUCUUCCAGUAUCAGUAACAAAUUAAUGAAUCUUUGUGCUUGGAUAAACAGGAAACUUUGCUGGAGAUAUGCUGGAGGAACAUUCCACUAGUGAUCAAAUGAAACCUUGAAGAUGGUACUAAGAGAUAGAAAAGCUUGCCGUAUUGCAUCACAUUCCAAAAAAUCAGUCCCGACCACUUGGACCAGUCUAUACACGUAUAUACUUAAUUUCACAUGUUACUACUCUGUCAAAGUACAAGAAAAGGAGAGAAGGGAAUGAGUGAGUGGUUCUAUCGCAGACAAUCACACCAUGAAUGGAAGCAUUUUUGUGAGUUACAUAACAGGUUACCGUCCAAUCGAUGAAUGAACUUGAUGAUGGUGAUGAUGAUGAUGAUGAUGAUGAUGAUGAUGAUGAUGAUGGUGAUGAUGAUGAUGAUGAUGAUGAUGAUGAUGAUGAUGAUGGUGAUGAUGAUGAUGAUGAUGAUGAUGAUGAUGAUGAUGAUGAUGAUGAUGAUGAUGAUGAUGAUGAUGAUGAUGAUGAUGAUGAUGAUGAUGAUGAUGAUGAUGAUGAUGAUGAUGAUGAUGAUGAUGAUGAUGAUGAUGAUGAUGAUGAUGAUGAUGAUGAUGAUGAUGAUGAUGAUGAUGAUGAUGAUGAUGAUGAUGAUGAUGAUGAUGAUGAUGAUGAUGAUGAUGAUGAUAGUGGUGGAGGUGAUAGUGGUGAUUAUAUGAUGAUAGUGAUGAUGAGGAUGUUGAGAUGAUGAUAAUGAUGAAUAAUGGUAAUGAGGUUGAGGAUGAGGAUGAGGAUGAAUAUGAUAAUUAUGAUGAGGAUGAUGAUGACUGGGAAGUAGACGAGAGGCUAAACUUCGCAACAGGUUGAAGUCUCCAUUACAAAUGACGCUUCCCAUUUUCUAUAAUUCUCGCUACUAUUUCGACGCACGGAUGAUGGGAUUACCCAAUCCGGUAAUUUAUUACAUUUUUAACAUUUGAUGGCCUAUAUAUUGGACAAAUAUUACGAAAUAUUCAUACUUCUUUUUCAUUUUUUAUAUAUACAUAUUUUUUUACUCAUUUCUUUUAUGGAAUAAAUUAAUCAUUUAAACUAAAAUCAUUAAUUGCUCUUUUUAUCUGCUUAUAUGCGUUAUUCACCUUCAGGAAUCACUCUUACCUUUUUGACCUCUAAUAUUUCACAUUCUUAAAUAUAGUAGAUAAUUUAAAGAAAUAUGUGUAAUAUAAAGAGAUUGAUAUAAUUCAGUGUCAAUUUAAGAAAUCACCUGUACAAAAUCAUCAAAUAGCACUAAAUAUUUUUAUAAUUUUUCAUCUUAUAAACGUGUACUAAUUCUGAUACAUUUUUCUUUGGCAGUUUAGAUGAAUGAAUUAUUCUCUAUAAAUUCAAACGGACCGAUAUAUGCUACUUGAAUAAUGAAAGAAUAGAGGAGAAGCACGAACACGUGUUACACAAGUGUUAAGUAGAUACAAAAGAAAGGAGUGAAAUAUCAUUAAAAAAAAAUAUGUGAUAAAAGUUCAUGUUUUGUUGUAAGCUAGUUGUCCAAUGAAUUAUUUAUAGAUGAUAAAUGUUACUGUGGGUAAAAAUUAAUUCAUUGAUGUUUUUGUUUGUAGAAGUCAUUCAUUGAUGAACUCAAUUAAUUAUUCAGUGACUGGUUGGUGGGAAUAAUUUGACUUUCAAAGUAGGAAUUCUGAAGUAUGUACUUCGAACCUUUGCAUACCAAUGACCAUAUUUACAGCUGCAAAGUAAAAAGGUGCUCAAGUUUACUUUUUAUUUACUGGUUGUAUUUAUAAUAUUUUAAUAAAGUAUGUGUAAACUUAUAUAAAUAAUAUUUAUAUAUAGGAAGAAAACCUAAUAAUAAAAUAGUGGGAAGUAUUACAGUAUUUACAUAAUCGAAUUUGGAAACAUAAUGAUUGUAUAAAGAACUUUUAAUAAAGUAUAUUUUUAUUUGAA